GAGAGAGAGAGAGAGAGAGAGAGAGAGAGUUGGAAAGUGAAUGGAGAAGGCAGGCACAUUCACUGUAGCAACAUCUGUGACUCUGCAGCUUUGCGAAGCUCCUGCAGUCCAGCACUCUGCAGAAACCAUGGCCUCGGCACACCUAUGAGGAUGUACGAGGAGCUUCAUUGAGCAAAACUUCAACUCUGCACUUACUGACUUUUGAACUGAAAUUUCACUGUCUUCACUGUAAAUGGAUUCCGUGUGUGAUUGGCAGAGAAGUAGAAAUAUCCAGUUCUGAGAAAAAGCAAGUAGGAGGAGAUUUGAUGACUGGCUCAUACAAAUGGUGGUACAAACUGAGGCUUGGUGCUUCAGGAUCACUGGUCGCAAAAUGAGAUCCAUGCAUUUUGUCUUUUGGUGUGUGUACGUCAUGUUUCUUCACUUAUUUUGCACAGCCCAAAAUGAAGACAUGAGAUUAAGUUGCAGAACUGCUCCAAGUGACUUAGUAUUCAUCCUUGAUGGCUCCUGGAGUGUGGAUGACACAAAUUUCGAGAUCGUUAAACGGUGGCUGAUGAACAUCACGACAAGCUUUAACAUUGGCCAGAAGUUCACUCAAAUUGGUGUGGUUCAAUACAGUGAUGAACCUGAUUUACACAUACCGCUGGGAAAACAUCACUCAACCAAAGACCUAAUCAAAGCCAUGGAGUCCAUAGAAUACAUGGGGGGCAACACUAACACUGGAAAAGCUAUCAAGUUUGCCAAUGAGAAGCUGUUUGCACUAUCGGAGCGUGGUCCAAACGGGGCUUCAAAAAUCGCCGUGGUUCUGACGGACGGGAAGUCGCAGGAUUCCGUGAAGGAAGCCGCAGAGGCGGCACGGAAAAAAGGGAUAAUACUCUUUGCUAUUGGUGUUGGGGCUGAAACAGAGGAGGCGGAGCUAAAAACAAUCGCCAACAAGCCGUCCUCCACCUAUGUUUUUUAUGUCGAAGACUAUAAAGCCAUCUCCAAGAUUCGUGAAGUAAUUCGACAGAAGUUGUGUGAAGAAACUGUCUGCCCAAACAAAAUACCAAUUGACUCUCGGGAUGAGAAGGGAUUUGAUAUUCUUUUUCACCUGAAAUUGGCCAAAAAGGCUAAAAAAACACAAGGAUCCUUUUAUGGAAUGAAAGCCUACCAAGUGACGCCCAGAGAUGAUUUAACGGAAAAUACCAGGGCUUUGUUUCCCGAUGGACUUCCACCAUCGUACGUGUUUGUGGCCACGCUUAAAUACAAAGGCUCCGUCCUAACGGAGGACUGGGAUCUCUGGAGGAUACAGACCACAGAUGGAGAGCCUCAGAUGGCAGUAACUUUAAAUGGCUUGAAGAGGACGGUGACAUUCACUACUACGAGUACGACACAAGGCGGAACACAGAUGGUGGUCUUCACCAAAUCACCAGCAAAAAAACUUUUCGAUGAGAGAUGGCAUCAGCUUCGUCUUCUGGUGACAGAGGAAGACGUAACGCUUUAUGUUGACGACUUGGAAAUCGAAAGCUUAACGCUGGAACCUCCUGCUGGCAUUUUUAUCAAUGGAAAAACACAAGUUGGGAAAUAUGUCCGAAAAGAAACAACAGUUCCUUUUGAAAUCCAGAAACUACGAAUCUACUGUGAUCCAGAGCAGAAUAACCGGGAAACUGCUUGUGAAAUACCUGGAGUUGAUGGAGAGUGUGCCAGUGGACCAGCUGAUAUCGAUCCAACCCCAGAGCCAUGCGUCUGUCCACCUGGGGCGCCUGGUACUGCAGGCCAAAAGGGGGAAUCAGGAAGACCUGGGGAUCCCGGCAAACCUGGUCCUGCUGGUGCUGAUGGUAAGCCUGGUGCACCCGGGCCGAGAGGAAACACUGGUCUUCAAGGUCCUCCUGGCAUGGCAGGGCUUCGUGGAGCAGAUGGAUACAAGGGGAAUAAAGGAAGUCUUGGGGAACCUGGUGAACGAGGAGUCCCGGGGUUACCUGGACCUACGGGUCAACCGGGUGAAAAGGGAGCAUCCGGUUCUCAAGGUGUGCAGGGGACGCCAGGAAAAGAUGGGCAACAGGGUGAAAAAGGAAACAGCGGAUCUGCUGGUCCACCUGGUUAUCCAGGGCAACCUGGGACAAAUGGACGAGAUGGGAAAGAUGGAAUUCCAGGAAGGAUUGGGCAAAAGGGUGAUCCUGGUACUCCUGGAAUUCCUGGCCAAGAUGGGACACAAGGACAUCCUGGACUACCAGGAAUGCCUGGAGGUGAAGGCCAAAGGGGAUUAAAGGGUGAGACUGGAUUACCAGGACCAAAGGGAGCAAAAGGCACCCCAGGAGACAAUGGUGAGAUGGGUUUGCCUGGAAUACCUGGUCCAUCUGGAUUACCUGGACCUAAGGGUAGUAAAGGAGACACUGGUAUGCAGGGUCAACCAGGGCUACCUGGGCAACAGGGUCAAUCUGGUGAACCUGGCAACCCAGGACAGACAGGACAUCCUGGAAUGCCUGGUAUAGAAGGAUCUAAGGGUGAAAUCGGAGCUCCAGGUGAAAGAGGGCAAGCGGGAUUGAAAGGUGACAAAGGAGAUCUGGGAAAACCUGGUCCUAACGGUUUAACUGGGCUGACAGGACAAAAAGGAGAGAAAGGGACAACAGGAGAGUCUGGACAGAGGGGACAGAUAGGUCACCAGGGACAACCGGGUCUGCCAGGUCAACCAGGUCCUCCUGGGCCCAUCGGGCAGAUGGGGGUCAUUGGGCAAACUGGGCCACCUGGACCUGAAGGACGACCUGGAAGAGAGUUGUCUGAGCAACGCAUUCAGCAGAUCUGCAGAGAAGUCCUUCGAUCAGAGAUUCCCUCACUUCUUCUUAGUACCCAACACAGUCAGCAGAGAAGUUGCGAACACUGCCACUCAAGGCCAGGACAUCCUGGACCAGCAGGACCAAGAGGUCCACAGGGUUCCAGAGGUUUUCCAGGAGCACCAGGAUCAAAUGGAAUGCAGGGACACAGAGGUUUACCUGGACGGCCUGGAAUUCCAGGCAUGAAAGGUGAUCCGGGAGAAAAGGGCGAAAAAGGAAAUCAAGGACGAUCCGGAAUUGGAGAUCCAGGUCAACCGGGACUUCAAGGUCCGAUGGGUCCCCCAGGUGUCAGCAAUCCUGGUCACCCAGGUGCCCCCGGGAUGCCUGGACGGGACGGGGAAGAGGGGAAGAAGGGAUAUCCGGGACAACCUGGGCCGCCAGGUGUGUGUCAUCCGUCUAUGUGUUACGGUGCAGUUUUAAGAAGGGACCCUUUUUUUAAGGGGCCAAAUUAUUGAAACAGAACCGGAGGAACCGGGCCAGUCUGGAUUUGGUGCUCAGAGAAUGAGAGAAAAAGUUAACAGACAACCUUUUUACGAUCUCAGGACAAUCAUAUUUUGAAGGGUGUCUCUAAGGCAUGGAGACAGGAAGUACCUCUAAUAGUGUAAAUAGUGAAAUGCAUCUCUGUGUGUAUGGAUCAAGGCACGAUUUCACAACAUCACCAACUGUCCUCAUUCCCUUUCUCUCAUAAACCUUAACGGAUGCAGAACCAGAAGUUUCUUUAAUAUACAUCAGACAAACGGUAGCAUCAAGUGAACACAUAGCGCUACUCAUUUCCUGACUCUCUAGCACCCUCCAGAGGAUGUCUCUAGCUUUUCAUCCAUCCCAUAGGAUUUUUUUUAGUUUGUUUUGUUUUUUCUUUAUUUAAUGUUCUUGAUAUUUGAGUAGUUAACCUACAUUCUGUACAUUAUCAGACUUCUGAGGUCAUUUUUUUUUUUAUUCUAUAGUUUAAAUAUGAACCAUAAGCCUGCAUGCUGAAAAUUUACUUUCUGCUAACUGCUAAUAUGUUGAAUGAUCCUUCAUUGCUUGCCUCGAUCAUCGGAGAUCAAUUAUAGCCCAAGAGCAUAUUAUUAUUAUUAUUAUUAUUAUUAUUAUUAUUAUUGAUUACAAAUGUGAGCCCUGUAUAAAGCAGUUGUGAUGUUCUUAGGCACCGUUUCUGAUUUUCUUUCUCUUUUUAACAUCUAAAACACUUCAAGUGACUGUUUUCAAUGUCUUAAAAAGGAAAAAAGAAAAAAGAAGGAUAACUUCAUUGUCAAAUGUUCUUGCUUUGUUGUGUGUUUUAGUGAUUCUCAAUUUCUUGUUGAUAAUAAGAAUAAAAACUCCCU